AUGCAGCUAUCCAGCUAUCCUCACCUCCAUACCACCCCCCAGCUAUCCUCACCUCCGUACCACCCCCAGCUAUCCUCACCUCCGUACCACCCCCCAGCUAUCCUCACCUCCGUACCACCCCCUAGCUAUCCUCACCUCCGUACCACCCCCCAGCUAUCCUCACCUCCGUACCACCCCCCAGCUAUCCUCACCUCCGGACCACCCCCCAGCUAUCCUCACCUCCGGACCACCCCCCAGCUAUCCUCACCUCCGUACCACCCCCCAGCUAUCCUCACCUCCGGACCACCCCCCAGCUAUCCUCACCUCCAUACCACCCCCCAGCUAUCCUCACCUCCAUACCACCCCCCAGCUAUCCUCACCUCCGUACCACCCCCCAGCUAUCCUCACCUCCGGACCACCCCCCAGCUAUCCUCACCUCCGUACCACCCCCCAGCUAUCCUCACCUCCGUACCACCCCCCAGCUAUCCUCACCUCCGGACCACCCCCCAGCUAUCCUCACCUGCGUACCACCCCCCAGCUAUCCUCACCUCCGUACCACCCCCCAGCUAUCCUCACCUCCGUACCACCCCCCAGCUAUCCUCACCUCCGUACCACCCCCCAGCUAUCCUCACCUCCGUACCACCCCCCAGCUAUCCUCACCUCCGGACCACCCCCCAGCUAUCCUCACCUCCCUAUCCCCACCUCCUGACCACCCCCCAGCUAUCACCACCUCCGGACCACCCAGCUAUCCCCACCUCCGGACCACCCCCCAGCUAUCCCCACCUCCGGACCACCCCCCAGCUAUCCCCACCUCCGGACCACCCAGCUAUCCUCACCUCCGUACCACCCCCCAGCUAUCCUCACCUCCGUACCACCCCCCAGCUAUCCCCACCUCCGGACCACCCCCCAGCUAACCCCACCUCCGGACCACCCCCCAGCUAUCCCCACCUCCGGACCACCCCAGCUAUCCCCACCUCCGGACCACCCCAGUUAUCCCUACCUCCGGACCACCCCCCAGCUAUCCCCACCUCCGGACCACCCCCCAGCUAUCCCCACCUCCGGACCACCCCCCAGCUAUCCCCACCUCCGGACCACCCCAGUUAUCCCCACGUAGAGGUAUUGGAUCCAUACCUCAUAGAAGUUGGAAAGAAGUGA